UCUUCAAGUCUGGUCGGUUGCCAAGCCCCCUCCGUCCAGCGUCAUCAUCCAUGGAUGUACGAAGCGCUGGAGCUGUUGAGGCGCAGCUGAAACAUUCUCGUGUCCGCAGUGCCCAUAUCGCCUUCGAUCCAACACCUUUUCAACCCGACAUCAUUUCCAUUUGUUAUCACCAGGAUCGCCAGCUCCACAGUCUUGUUACGAUCAUGAAUGAUUUUGGAUUACGCAAGUCAGCCAAACCUGACAACGGCCCGGCCGCGCCUUCGCAUUCAGCUGACAAUUCAUAUGGAAACUCUACGACUGCUGAUAGCCCUUGCGCAUCAUCGAACACCUACAAGGUAAACGAUAACGGCAGAUCUGGUAUGUCAUCGCAUCUAUCCAACGAUGCCGAUCGUGCACAGCUUCUUGGAAAUUCCGCAACACGUACAUCGCCAGCAACACAGCCAUAUCAGCAACGACAGCAAUCGAAUGAGAGAAGUGGUGUUGGGUCAGGAAUGGAUGCGUAUGGCAGCUACAACGAUCGCCAGCUGACUAAAGAGGAAGAAGAGGAAGAAGAUAUUCAAGCUACAACGUCUGAGAUUCGAAUGUUGAAGCAAUCAGAUGUUUCAUCUACAAGAAAUGCACCCCGCCUCGCUCAGCAAGCUGAACAAACUGGUCGAGAUACGCUCUCACGCUUGGGUGAACACGGAAACCGUAUACAUCAUACUGAACGCCAUCUGGACAGCGCCGCUAGUCAAAAUGAAAUAGCGGAAGAGAAAACACGGGAGCUCAAGACAGUGAAUCUUUCCAAGUUCGCCCCGCAUAUAAAGAAACCCUUCACUUCUAGCUCACGCCAGGAAUCCAGCGAAGCUCGUAUAUUAGAAAGUCACCAACGAGAGCGUACUGAGCGAGAUGCAUCUCGAAGCCGAGCUAAUUACCAAUUUGAGGCUGACUCUGAUGAUGACAUAACGGAAGAUGAGAUUCGAUCUAAUUUAAAUGCGCGUCGUGCUGCUGCGGACAGUCUUAAGUAUAUCGCAGGUGAUGGGAGUAAGGAAGUAGAUCGGCAGAACAUACAUCUUGAGCGGAUUAUGCAGAAGACAGAUCGUGUGGAGGAUCAGUUAGCUCUGAACAGAGCUAAGCUUGACCGCAUCAGAUGA